AUGGAAGGAGGAGCAUUCAAAGGUGUGGCACCUGCAGGUGCAUUCCCUCGAUUAGUAGAAGCAAUGCUGGAUUUAUCUGAAGAAACGGUUCCGAUAGUUAAUCCGGAAGAUUUUAACCCUUUAACUUCUGCAGAUAAAAAUCGUCUUUAUGCCCCCUGGGACAAUUCUGUUAUUAUAAAGUUAUUGGGACAAAAAAUGGGUCACCAACUACUUAAGCAAAAACUGCUAAACCUUUGGCGCCCAUCGGAGGAUAUUACUCUUGUUGAUUUGGGAUCCGACUUCUCACUUAUAAAGUCCCAGAAACAGGAAAAUUUUGACCAUGUUUGCAUGCAUGAUGGCCCUUGGUUCGUCAUGAAUCGAUUUGUUUCGAUCCGCCGCUGGGAGCCCAAAUUUGUUGCUUCGCAAGCACUUGUGACCUAUACCGCUAUUUGGGUGCAUCUCCCUGAGCUCCCAUCUGAGUUCUAUAAUCCAGAUAUACUUCAAAAGGAGGGACUCAAGAUUGGCACCCUUCUUAAGGUUGAUCCCUGCACAUCAGCUUCUUCUCGUGAAAAAUACGCUCGGAUUUGUGUGCAAGUUCCUAUGGAACAGCCUCUUAAGACUCAUGUUUUCAUUGGUUUGCAUAAACAACCUAUCAUUUAUGGGGGAUUUGAUCUCUUAUGCACUAAUUGUGGUUGUCUGGGACAUCCGACACGAGCUUGUUCUUAUUCAUCUCAGUUUACCGAAGGAGUUUCUGAUAUGCAUUCCGUGCAACCUCUUAAUUCGGAUGUGACUUAA